AUGUGGCCCUUGGAGAGCCAGAGCAGAAUCACAUGGCAAUUUAUGUCCGGUCCAACGAAGAUCAAGCUCUGCAAAAAUGCAGUAGCAGUGGUGGCUGAAGACAUCCCAAGAAACAGCAAUCACGAAUCGAAUGACAGCACUCGUACUACUCCAGCGUCAAGCUCCAAGUCUGACGGUGAUGGUGGUGAUGAGAGCACACCGGCUCAGAUUGGACGCCGAAGAAUUGUCAGGGCCAAACGUCCUGUGCUUGAUGAUGCAGCGGCUGGUGAAGAUGGCUCUGAUGCUGCGAUACAUGAGGAUUCCAAUGGGUUGGAGACUCGGGAAGAUGGUGUGGUUUCUGACAAGUCCAAACUUUUUGCUGCCACGCAGAAACAAAAGGAUUCUUUGGAUGCUGAUGCUUCUUGA